AGCCUGCUCAUUGCUGAGUCGUUUCCCCUGGAGUGCGGAUGUGCGGUGUACGUUCCGUUCCGUUUGGCGUGUAACUUCAAACCCGUGCCUUUUGCCCGCGAAGCACCAGUGCGAGCAGUGGUGGUUGUGUGUGUACCGGUGUGUGUGUGGCGACCGAUAGUAGUGCCGCAAUUAUUGACUUUAACGUGAACUAAGCUAGCAAGUUUUGUGAUGAUAUUGGUGAAAAUGUGUUCAACAUUGACUUGAAGAUAGCGGCCUGCGUGGCAGUAUUGUAGAGUGAAACAAAGCGCGUGCCCUUUUUGCGCAAGUGUAGAACAUUUUUUUGUUUAGUUAAAUAGUGUAUUAGACAAGCGCCGAGCAAGGUUUAAUUGCUUUUUGGCGAUACACAAGUGUGCAAUAAACAAGAAACAAAUCAAAACAAAACUCGCCGCUCAGCACGACGCGCGACACCAUAUUCAUAUGCGAAUUGAUGUGCAUCCUUUCUGAAUAGUGCCUGUUGUGUAAUAUGUGUAUGUUUAGUGGUGCGCUAAAAUCUUAAAACAUCUCAAAUAAUUGGUUUAGAGAGAGAGAGAGAGAGUGAAAGAGCAAAUCGCGUAGUGCGCUUGUACACGUAGAAAGGCAAAAUGUAAUAAAAAGCCUCGAUCGAUCGAAUAAUGGCAAGCAGGGAAGCUAAUAAUACUCAGUGUUGCGCUCACUAAGGCUCUCUAUCUUUCACACCCAUCCUUUCAGUGUGCGAUCAGAGCUAAUACCGUUUUGAUACAUAUAUCUGUGUGCUCGUGUGUGUUUUGUGUGCUCGUGUGCGUGUGAUACAAUAAUAUCGGUGAACAAGAAAAAAAAGAAGAAAUACAUAAAAGCAAUCGGAUCAAUCUAUCUGGAGCGUAAUUGUAUUUGACAAGUAUUGAGUGCGAUUCGAUCGUUUUUUUUUUAACAACAACGGAAAAUCCCGUCGAAGCUCGGAAAAGUGCUCGAAAGGAAAAGAGAGCUGUGGCUGUGGUUUCCCUUUUCAUCUCACCGUGGCCUGCCUCUCUGUGUGCUAUCUGUUGUGUGCCUUUUGAAAAAGCGAAGUAUGAAGUGUGCUUAGAAGCUUGAAGGGUUGGGGAUUCAGGCGGGUUGUGGCCCCCACCCCCCUAGCAACCGAAUCCUUCCCCGGCCCGACGUACCAGGCUCGCGUGUAUACAUGUGUGUGCGUGUGUUUUGUAUGGUGUGAUACUGUUGUUGUUGUUGUUUUUUUUGCAAAGGUAGUGUACGCCAAUAGCCAAAAUUCAUCAUACAGAAAUAAAUCAUAAUCACUACUUACUGGCAUUUUGGUGUUCAGUGUGCGUGUGUGUGUGUGUAUUUGUGCGCGCUCUGCCUGCCUAACGCGUCCUGUUACUAAACAAGUUGUUUCACCGCCAUCAAAACAUCGUCAUGUGUGUCGUGUGGAUGUACUUCUAACGAUCGACGUCAUUAGUGUCAGUGAUAGUGUACUGUUCGCGCGGGUUCGAGGUCCCCGCAUCCUUGUGAAGCGAGUGAAGCUAAAAAGAAACGUCGCAAACAAACAGAAAAGAAACCCCACACGCACCAUUUAAACUGACUUUCUCUUCUGUACUUCUUUCUAUUCCCGCUUUCGGUCAACGUGUCCCGCUCGCCUCUCGCGGCCCCCCUUAAUGGUGUGCUGCAACGCUGUUCGCAUUUCCGGCGGGCUGCUGCUGCACGGUGACGACAUUCCGUUGACGCAACGACGAUGAAUAAUAUCUUGACGCCGGUGGUGCCGUCCCGUCGUCAACACCAUUGACCCGUCAAAACAAAUCGAACGCACCCCGCGCGGUCGGUCGGUGGGUGAUCGUGUCGGAAAAUGUAUCGGUAAAACACGCACAUCACCGCGUGUGCGACACUUGGUGUCUUCCCUGCGCUCCCGCUCUGCGUAUCUUCCGCGUUGACAUUGAAAACCGAACAACAAUUCGACCAACGAAACUCCAACAAACCGAAAACCGCCACCAACAAUGGCAACGGCAGCGAAACAGUCGUCGUCCUCGAGUUCGCCCUCCAGCACCGUGCGAACGUUCGUCGAGGGACAGGAGGAUUUGGAUGCGAUCGCGAAACAAAUCUCCGACCACGCCGAAGCGAUCUACCAGACGUGGAAAGCGCGCGGCCUUGCACCGACGGAGAUACUGAACUGUCACACCGGCGACGGUGCGGAGCAUGCCUUCAGCCAGGCGCUGAACCCGGCCAACUCGCCGACUGUCGGGCAUCAUCCCGGGGGCAACCCAGCAACCGGUCCGGGGAGUCCGGGAGCGUCGGCAGCGUUGCCGAGCGGUGCGUCGUCGCCCAGCGCCUCGAACGCUGCUAGUGGCGUAGCGGAGCUGCUGGCCAAAGCGCCCAACCUGUCGAACAACAGUCUCGAGCAGCUGGUUAGCUCGUUCGUGAGUGAAGACAAGGCACGCAUCGCGGCCCAGCGUCAGCAGCAGCAGCGUGUCGGUGUCCGUACGCCAACGACCGGCACCAGUUCCGCGAUCAAAAGUGUGCUGCAAAAGUUUGAACGAAAUGGUGCCAUCGGUGGUGGUGAGGAUCCAGUGAGCAGUAGCGGUGGUGUGUCCGACUUGGGCCGACCGAGCUACCUGCGUACCAGUGGGGCCAGUGGCUCUGUCAGCAAAGCCGCCGGCCAUUUGGGUGUUAGCAGUGGUAACAACAAUAACAACAACUUCAGCACGCUCAACAAGAACAACGUGCCGGACGUGCUGAAGGAUACGAUCGUCGAGUCGAAGCCGAGCGGCGGCGGCGGCGGCGGGACCGCAGUGCGCGAAAAACCGCAAACCCCAGUGAAACCGGAGCACCUGCUCAACCAUGUGCCGAGCUGGCCGCUAAAGAAUCGUGUCGUUAAAACCGGCGGCGGCGGCGGCGUCGGCUCGAAAGCGGCGCCCGGUGGCGGUGUGACCCACAGCACGCCCGGCACCACCACCCCCUUCGCCAAGAACGCGGCGGAGCUGAUGGAUGAGGUGUCCCGGGAGGAGGAACGGCUUAUAAACGCGCUGAAAACCGGCACCGUGCUGAACAGCAGUGACAGCAUCCUGCCAGAAGUGAUCACCUCGACCCUGCCCGACCGGGACGUGCCAGACUACGGUUCGGUAGUGGACCACCAGCAUCAACGUGCGGGCUAUAGCGCGCAACAACCCGCUGCAACCAUGGUGACCGCGGCGUCGGCGGCCAACGGGGGCGGCCCGAUCGUGGCCGCCACCAACGGCGGUACGCCCGCCCUGAACGGCAACGGUACGACGAACGGUACGACGAACGGUACGAACGGCCACAGCGAUACGCCGAGCGUAAAGCACUGGAACGGUGUGCCGAUGAAGCCGAACCACAUACCGAUCCUGAACAUACACCAGAUCCGCGAGCAGGAAAAGCUGUCGAUGAACUUUACGCGCAAUGUCGCGACGACCCGGCUGCCGAAGGACUUUGGCCGGUCGGCGGCCGAUGACAAGGACAAGAACAUGCAGCCGAAAACGAUACCGAGCCCGAUCCGGCCGUUCCUGUCGCGCGGUUCGGUCGCCGAGCGGGUGCUGAUCUUUGAAAAGUGCCCGGAAAAGGCACCGCCCCGGGAGCGGGCGAAGGAACCGGUCAAGCUGCAGUCAAAACCUGUCAACCGGCUGAUUCCACCAAACAUCCACACAACGCUGCAGCGACAUUUGAAAAACUCGACCAAAGCCCCCUACAUCCCGCAAUUCCAUUUCCCCAAUGGCAAACCGCCGCCAACGAUCACGACGGAAACUACAAUGCAGCGAUUGGAGCAGGUUUUCGACAAGCUGCCAAACUACGAGUGCACGCGGGACAACUUCCAGGUGAUCGUACAGAUGUGCCAGGUGCCACAGUACUGGCGCCUGCCGCUCUUCAUGUGCACGCAGCUCACCCCGAACGGUGCCGUUGAUGGUGACAAAUUCCUGCACUUCUGGCGACAAAUGACAUCAUUCUGCCACGAUGCUGCAUCCCGGUUUGUCUUCAUAAUGUCCCGCGGGGAUCGCACGCGACCGUACAUUUUGCCCGAGGACUUUGCCCCACUGAUACAGGAUGUCGUCGAUACGCACCCGGGGCUGGCAUUCCUGAAGGAGGCAGCAGAGUUUCACUCCCGCUACGUGCACACCGUGAUAGCGCGCAUCUUCUACAACGUGAACCGCAGCUGGACGGGCAAGAUCACGACAACUGAGCUGCGCAAAUCGAACCUGCUGGACGUGAUUCAGUUGCUGGAGGAGGAGGAGGACAUCAAUCAAAUCAUGGCGUAUUUCAGCUACGAGCACUUUUACGUCAUCUAUUGCAAAUUUUGGGAGCUGGAUCGCGAUCAUGAUCUCUACAUUGACCAGCAGGAUCUGGCCCGACAUAAUGAUCACGCACUGUCAUCGCGGAUGAUCGAGAGAAUUUUCUCUGGAUGCGUAACACGAAGUCCGCGGCGAGGAAACAACAAUCCGAUGAUACAGGGUCCGAACGGUCCGAAAAUGUCGUACACCGAUUUCGUGUGGUUCCUGUUGGCGGAAGAGGAUAAGUCACACCCGACUGCCAUCGAGUAUUGGUUCCGCUGUAUGGAUGUGGACGGUGACGGUGUCCUCUCGAUGUACGAGCUGGAGUACUUCUACGAGGAGCAACAGCAUCGCAUGGAAUCGCUCGGUAUCGAAACCCUACCCUUUGAAGACUGCCUGUGUCAAAUGCUUGAUAUGAUAAAACCAGCAACUCCUGGCUGUGUAACGUUGGCCGACCUAAAGCGAUGCAAAAUGACGCCCAUUUUCUUCGACACGUUCUUCAAUCUGGAGAAGUAUAUGGAGCACGAGCAGCGUGAUCCAUUUGCACAGCGCGAAAACGACGAUCUUACUGACUGGGAUCGAUACGCUGCGCAGGAGUAUGAACUGUUGGUGGCUGAGGAAGGAGGAGAUACGCAAGGUCAUUGCUACAUCUUUGGCCAGCCAGUGCUGUCGACCAUGGCGGGCGGCACUGCUAGAAUGCGGCUGCCCGUGCCAUCCUUGUUGCAGCCGGGUGUCACCGGCACUGGUGGUACCAGGCGCAGUACGACGACCUCUACGGUUAGUAGUACCACCGUGCAUUGCACGUCCGUGUCGGCUACGACCGUACACUAUUCGCGCUCGACGGCUCAACGCGGCGGCAGUUGCAAGGCCACCAGCACCGCUUCAAGCUCUACCAGCGGCAGCGGCGGCGGCGGCAGUUCCAGCAGCGGCACGUCGCAUGCAAACAACAGCGAUCGCAAAGUGCACGGUGCACCGGAAGAGUCGACCGGUGCUGCAUCACAAACAUCGAUGCACUCGAGCCGCAAAAUGAUGGCACUCGACAGUGAUCCUAAUACAUUUUAUAGCGCAUUUCUGGUGUAAGUAAUAAACCGACCGGCACUUUCUUUCCUCUUCCCCUCGCUCUUUCUCUCUUUUUUCUCUGUCUAUCUUUCCUUAUUUCUUCACUUUCGUAUUGUCUUUAUAUAUUCCCUCCUGUCCUUCCCCCUUACCUGCCACUAUUUUGAGGAUUCCGUCCGGUGGAGCCUUCACUACACCUUUAGUUGAUUAGUCAAUUUAGGACGAGUUUCUGUUAGUUGCGCGUUUGGAUUGACAGUUGAGAGUUUACAUUUUCCGUUCCAAGUCUUGCACAUUAUUGGUUAUGUUACUGUAAUAAUUUAUCUCUUUUAUGGUUGGUUUUGUUUACGUUUCCUGGAAAGUAAACAUCAUUUAGAGUAAAGUCGACAGUUUUGUUUUUUUAUUUGUUGUAAUGCUUAUACUGCUGGUUAAUUUAAAAUGUUUUUGUUAUUCCUCCCUAGAUUCCUUGUACAGAGAACCUUCGAGAUAUGUAAUGUUUGUCAAUUUAACGGCACAGUAAACAUGUGUGAUUUUUUAAAUUAUAAAUUAUUACCGAACUAAAAGAGAAAAGGGAGUUUAUUUGUUUAGAAAUAUUGAGUUCAGUUGACAUUUUUUUAAGAUUCACAUUUCCCUCAUAUGUCCAUAGUUGUAUGCAUAUUCCUAAUCCCUUAAACCUACUUUUCUUCUCUGUGUCUUGCGUGUCUAUGCGCUUUCGAAUGCGUCGUGUGUGUUUGUGUGAGUGUGGAACCGAUUGUUACUGCUAGAAUGUGAUUAAACGGCACUGGAAUCUGAAGGUUCAAAAUUUAAAAAGACAUUGUUUUGAAAUUGCCUUUAGAUUCUCGAACCCAUUGGAUCAUUAAUGGAAGAAAACAUAUGAGAAAGUAAACCAAUCGGAUGUGUUUUACAUAUGAAAAAACGCGCAUUAGUGUUGUUUGAGUUGCUCCAAGACUCGUACAUUCGAAAGGUCGCCGUCUGAUCCGUGUAUACCACACAUUUCCUGUCUUAAUGUUUGAGUAAUGAUCUCUGUUUGAAUCUCUAUUUUUUCAUCUUUGUUUCACUAUUUUCUCUAUUUGUGUAAUUCUCAGUCGUUUGUGUCUUUGCGUAUAAACGGUUUUCUAUUGUAAAUGUAAUUUUAUCUGUUAACAAAAUAAUUACAAAUCGUUACGGGAGCCUACUCUAUGUUUUCUUUCAUUUUGUAUGAUAUCUUGAUUUUUGUGUAAAAAUAUUGGAAAAUGGGAAUAAAAAACUGUAUACAAUUAUUCGACUGAGCAGCGUGUAAAAUACUGCCCAAUACGCUGUAAGUACAGCGUAACGAAAAUAUUUUACAACCUUUUUGUGUAUCUUUCAAUUGGCUUAUAGGUGUCACCAUCGUGUGUAUGUGUGUAUCAACGAAAUUCUGUCCGCGCUAAGAAUUGGAACAAAAAUAGUGUAUCAGUAAAAAGCUUAAUGCAAUGUUGUGCUAAAAAUGUGCUAGACAAACGAAUAAGGAUGUAAACAGGGUGAUGUAAGAAAUGUCAUGGUACAACUUCUUGUUUUUCCUGUUCGCCGCAAUGUAUUCGUCUUUACUAUCGCGUAACUUUCUCAUUCACUCUCGAGUGUAAUUUUGUGUUUCGUUUUGUUAGCGUUGUGGUUUUGUUUAUUGAAAAAGUUUAUUUUCCUACCCAGCAAUUGUACAUAUGUUUUGAGAAAAUGCAUUGUAAAUAAUUUUUCUAGUUUUGUGUGUUUUUGUUAUGUUUUUUUUAUGAAUGUUUUAACUUUACUACGAGAAAUUGUUAGUCUUAAGACAUGCACAUGUUCCAUCCCAUCGUCACUGCAUGGUAUCCCUUAUAAUCUAUUUUGUGUGUGUAUGUUUUUAAUACAAUUAGUUUUGCUUUCCUUUUAUCUCUCAGUUUGAGAAUGUACACAUACAACUUAGGAGCGAAUUGAUCAAAUGUAGAAAUUAAUCGUUUCAAAAACAUAUAACCCCCGGUGCAUUUUUUAAUGAGCAGCCAAAUUUUCCAAUACAAUGAUAACCUCAUUUUGCGUAUCGCACCAAUCAUACAAUGCAAUGCUUUAGCUUUAGACCUAAAAAAUAUAUGCGUUCAAACUGCUUGCUUUGGUAGUUGGUGCUAAUAAAGUAAGGCAUUGUCAUUGUCACGCUUAUAUGCGAUUUGCUGCCAACACUCGCAAAUCAGCUUUGCUGUCGAUGUACUAAUUAAUAUCAUCUCUUUUCUCUUUUUCUUUCUCUCUCUCUUCCUCGCUAUAACAUCUCUUGAAAACCGUAAAUCAUACUGAUAUUGCUGGAUUCCGUUGUUCUAUGUGUUGCAAUGUGUUCACGCGUGUUGUUUGUGGCGUAUUGAUGGUAUUUUCGUUACAUCGCAAACGGUUUAAAUAAUGGAACAACAACACAACAACAAAAAACCAAACUCCAAACCUCUACC